CGCGGAGGGGGCGACGCGGGUGCAGGCGCGAAGGCUGCAGCGAGCUGCUGCAGCAGCAGCAGCAGCAGCAGCAGCAGCAGCAGGGCGGGGUGCAGGGUCGUGGCCGAGCAGCAGCAGCAGCGGGAACCCGCGCUGCUCAUUCUGGGCUGCGACGGACUCUUCGAUGUCAUUGAAGACAAUGCCGUUGCUGCUUUUGCCCUGGGAGUCGUGCGGGCUGUUGCUGCUGCUUGUCCUGCUGCUGCAGCAAGCGAAGCAGCAGAAGCAGCAGCGAGGGCCCUCGUCCACGAGGCCAUUUCCCUCCGAAUGAGCGGAGACAACGUCUCCAUCAUCAUCUGCGUCCUGCAGCAACUCCAGGAUCUUGCUGCUGCUGCAGAUGCUGCUGCUGCUGCUGCAGACGCCGCCAGCGGACGCCUCAGCGCCGGCGACCAGCAGCACAACGGCACACAGGCAGGGACCUUCACAUUUGGCCAUUUAGAAGCAUAG